UCAAAAUUUUUUUCGAAAUCAGAAUUCCGACCAACCUCUGGCAUAUGUCCCCCAAUUGUUGAAGCUGACACGGCAUAGGAUCUUGAAUUUGAAUCAUGUAGCAAAUGGAAGGAAAUUUAGAAGAAAUGGGAAAAUAGGGAAAAGGGUGAGGGGACAUACAAAACCGAGACUUAAACCAAAAUUUUUGCUUUAAUUUGAGUUUUUUGAUAAAUAUAUUUUUAAAAUUUUUGUUUUUUUUUGUUUAAAGUUAUGAUUUCUUUAUAUUUAUUUUUUAAAUUAUAUUUUAAUUAUUUCUUCCAAUUUUUAGGCCAAAUUUUUCUAAUUUAUAUUUUAGUCAAAUUAUUUUAUAAGAAUGAGCGAGGAUCAAAAAAUUAUUGAAUACGAGGGAAUUAAAUAUUAUUUGGAGGACGGUCAAUGGUAUCAAAUGACUCCACUUGAAAACGACAAGUUGUCUGCUGACAUCAAAACUAAAAAGGGUAUACAAAUAAACCUUCCAUCAGAAAAUUUAUUGGAUGUAUUCAAAUUUCUCGACUUUGAUCAAUUAUUGUCUUUCCAACAAACAAGUUUUUAUUUCAAAAAUAUUGUUGAUAAAUAUGGAAAGGAAUUGGCUAGGAAGAAAUUUGCAAGGCUUGAAUUUCUUUCCAAAUGUGAAAAUGGUGAAUUUGUUAAAAUAGAAGAGCCUCAUCUUUAUGAUUUUGAAUUAAGUAAACAGCUUAAGAAAAAGUGGAUACGUGGAAUAGAAGAGUCAAUUCCAAUGUUUUUAAUACGUUCUGGUUAUAAAGAUGUAGACACUGUUGUUUGUGAAUUGGAACAAAAUAACAAAGGGAAAAAAGGUUAUAAUUUAUUAUUUGAGCUUAUUAUAGACCGGCGCGGUACGGGAGUGCGGAAUUUUGCGGGAAUAUUUUCGGAUGAGUUCCGCACUCUUUUUAAGGACUUCCGCAUGCGGGAUCCCGCAAAUACAAUUUUGCUGGUCUCUACUAUUUUAGUAAAAAUAUGCCAAAAUUCAAAAAUUUUUUUGACAAAAAAUUUUUGA